AUGACCACUCCUGCCCCUACCACCACUACCUGCAUGAUAAAUGCUAGCGGAGGAAUUACAGAGUUUACAGAAGAGAACACCGCUUACAUCAGGCAGGGGCUUCAGAAAUCUACUCCAAUGCUCAUUCGAUUCAGACCUUCGGAACUCCCUCAGAAUGCGGAAAUUACUCUACCUUUACCUGAUAGGAAUGCUAUGUACUAUAUCACUCCCGACAAGACAAACGAGACCGUCCAAGAUUUUAUAGAAUACCUCAACCUCCCGAUGAUCAUAGAUACCCUGUAUGGCGAUAACAUCAUCCCCGAAACCACCCGAUGUAUGCUAUUUGGGCAAGGCGAGAGGGAAGCCAGCGCAUGGUUCUACAAUAAUGCUUCUCGACAUUCUUCUUAUACUGUCAUAACACCUAGUUCUCGCUUGAAAUCCUCAGGUUCAGGUAAAUCUCGACGCAGCAGGAGAAUUCGUUGGUGA